GCCUUUGUGUAAAUUCGUUAUCCACCUCCUGCAACUAUUAUCAGACACUGUGGUAUAUUUGUGUGUGUGUGGGACUGUGUGGCUCUCUCGCAGUGACAGGGCUCUCUGUAUCUUCUACCCAAAACCCAGAGUCUCAGUUUUCUUGUUAUGCUUCUUCUGCUUGACUAACUCAACCUGAAAUGCUGCCUCUGUUCUCUGUCUCUACUGUGCUGUUGUUGUUGUUGGGUUUGGAAUUGGCUGAAUGAGCUUCCAUGCCUUCACUAGAGAUUGCUGUUGCUCAGCCUGGCUUCCAAAACCAUCUAUGUACCCUCAGGGCUCAAACCUCUCUCCAUAGUAAAGUAAUUUCAAGUCCAUUCACCUUUGGAAUUGACAAGAAACUGUCCUCAUGGUAUAAAUCCUCGGACAUAGCUAAAAAGUCAUACUUCAACUUGGGGAACAUUAAGACCCCAAGGAGUAGACUAGUGAUCCAAGCAGUUGCUACUUUUGAAGCAAAAACUCUUGUUCAUAAUGAGAAUGGACACUUGGGUUACACCAGUUCAGAGCUGAAUAAGGAUUCGAGUCCCUUUCAGCGAGAGUCUUCAAGUGAUGAUUCCUCAGAAAUGGAUGAGAAAGAGAAGUUAAGGCGAUUGAGGAUUUCUAAAGCAAAUAAAGGGAACACACCAUGGAACAAAGGAAGAAAGCAUAGUCCUGAAACCCUUCAGCUGAUCAAAGAAAGAACAAGGCUUGCAAUGCAGGAUCCUAAGGUCAAAAUGAAGUUGGUUAACCUUGGACAUGCUCAAACGGAGGAGACAAGAACAAAAAUUGGGAUUGGAGUCCGGAUGGGGUGGGAAAGACGGCGGCAAAAGCUAUCAUUGCAGGAAAAUUGCUGUUAUGAAUGGCAGAACUUAAUUGCCGAAGCCUCUAGACGAGGUUAUGAUGGUGAGGAGGAGUUGCAAUGGGAUUCCUACAAGAUCUUAGAUGGAAAGCUUAAAGAGGAGUAUCUAGAGAGUAUAGAACAAAGGAAAAUAAUGCGCAGGCCAAAAGGAAGCAAGAGAGCACCCAAAUCUCUUGAGCAAAGGAGGAAGAUCUCACAAGCAAUCUCAGCAAAAUGGAACGAUCCGGAGUACCGUGACCGGGUUUGCUCUGCCUUGUCUAAAUAUUACGAUGCGUCCUAUGGAGCUGAAAGAAAGCCAAGAAAAAGGUCACCACGUAAUACUGAGUCCCCAAGAAGGAGCCCUACAAAGAAAAAGGUUUUUGAAGAAAAAAAAAUUUCAAAGAAUGAGAUUAAACUCCAGAAACUGAAGUUGAGAAGUAAAGGACCCAUGUAUAAGGAUCCUCUGGCAAGUUCUAAGAUGGAGAUGAUAAAGAACAUCAGAGCACAAAGAGCAGCUACUGAAACCAAGAAAACUGAAGCCAUAGAACGAGCUAGGCUAUUGAUUGCUGAAGCUGAGAAGGCUGCCAUGGCUCUUGAGGCUUCUGCAACUAAGAGCCCUGUUGCUCGAGCUUCCCUCAUUGAAACGCGACAGCUUAUAGCCGAGGCAAUUCGGUCAAUUGAAUCUAUAGACACGAUGCAGAUCUCUUCACAUGAGAAUGAAGAGCCUUCAGUUGCAUCAAAUGAAGUGAUUAGCCAGAGUGAGAAGGAAAACUGGUUUUGGGGUCUGACUGAUGCAGAUGAUGCAAAGGUAAAUGGUACCCUAACCUUUUCAUCCCAUGGGAAUGAAAAGCCUUCAGUCCCACCAAAUGAAGUGAUUAGCCAAGAUGAGAAGGAAGCUGGGAUUUGGGGUUUGACUGAAGCAGAUAAUGGAAAGGUGGUGAAUGGCACCCAGACCUUUUCCAUCAACGAUAAUGAAGACCCCUUAUUUGCAUCGAAUGAAGUGCUUAGUCAGAUGGAGAAGGAAACAUAUACUGGGUCUGGUGGUCCGACUGAAGCAUACAACGGAAAAGUAAAUGGCACCCCAACCUUAUCGUCAAUUAUAGACGAGGACCUUGGCUUUGACGAGUUCACCUUGCAGGAUAUGCCAAGUGAUGAAGAUGAGCUUCCCCCAAUGAGCUCUGACAGUGAUGCUUUGCCUCCGUCUAGUUCGGAGCAAUCGGAUUCAAGCAUUCAAUCAGACGAAUUAGACCCAAAUGAGAACGAUAAAUGCUACAAGAAUCUUCAACUCAAUGGGACCAAAGUUGAAUCCCAAGAAGAUGAAACACCGGCUACUGUAACUAAAAAGUGGGUUCGAGGGAGGCUCAUUGAAGUACCUGAAGAAGCUUAGGUACAGCAAAUUCAGACAGUAAUGGUACUUCUCUUCUGAACAUUUUGAGUCCACAAGGGAUGUCUUGAGAUCGCAUCUGCUUCUAGCAAACAGCAGAGGUGUCUUGCUUCACACGUAAGGUUGGCCACUGCUGUUUUCACAUAGAGCUAAUACUUAUUUGUCGACCAUGAUUGUUUUAUAUGAUACUGUGGUAGAAUUACCUGGGGCCUUUGUAUCAGUGGAAAAUAGCAUCUGUAGUCUUAUUUGAUAUUGGAGAUGGAUUCUAUACAUUUUACAGGUCUGUAAUAUGCUACAUUUAACUGCCAUGUGCAGCAUCUUUUUUCUCAAAUAGUAAAUGGCCCAUUUUGUGAACAA